GGGGGAAGGAAAUAGUGUGUAGAGCGGAAGGAAGGAGAGAAAGAGUCGAUAGAAACUGUCUUAUCAUCUCUCCCUUGACUGCUGGGCUCAGCAGAGACACAGGCACACACACACACACUCACACACACCACAAAAACUCACACACACACACACAGACACCACACAAACACAUGCAUGCACACACACACACACACACACACACACACACACCGCUGUCAAGAUCUGAGCUUUUACUCUUUCCCUUUCUGCCUUUCUGCUCUAUUGGCAUGACAUGCAAAUACACAGGUGUAGCCAAAGAAAUAAAGGAAAAUGGUCAACAAGGUACGUGAGAGUGUACUAAAAGAGAGUGAUGUUGCAGAAGAUGUUGUGUACCCUGUUUUCUGGUGUAUAAACACACGCGUGUUAAUUGUAUACAUUACACUCAUUAGAUGUGUGAUUAAGGGCAGUUAGAUGGAUGUCGACAGGUUAUUAGUUAUCUGUCCGGGUUGCUUUGUGGCCGCUGGAAACAACCUGAAUAAACUGUCAUGAAAUCUGGAAUAGCUUUUGCAUCACUGUGAUAAUGCAUAACUUUAAUUGUUGGUUUUAUAUUUUCAAAACGUGCUGCAGAAUUGCACAGCUACGUCUCUCUGAAGGCUCACAUUAAUUCACGCAGCAACCGCUGUCCGCCCUCCAUGUUCACCAACUUAAAGAUUUGGCUUGGUCAUUUCCUUUCCCUCAAUCUGCUCUGCACACAUCUCCCUCUCUCGCUGUGCUCGCGGCCCCACGGCUUCCUCUGCCUGCCUUUGCUCACACGUGUUAAAAGCUGGCAGGUAAAAUGACAGACAUGUAAUCUGUGAAUAACACGAGAUUCACGAUGCUGUCAAUCAACGAACUGACUGCCCUUUAUUCUUCUGCUUCUUUCGUUCCCUCCACGUGAUUAGCAGAUCAUUCAGUAGUGGUGUUCUAUGUGCCCGUAUUAAUUUUUCAUGAGUGUGUUUUCAGCUUUGACUGUUUGUGUGCGGUUCCUGUGGCAUGUGUGUGUGUGUGUGUGUGUGUGUGUGUGUGUGUGUGUGUGUGCAUGUUAGAAAGGUGCUUGUGUGUGUGUGUGUGUGGUGGUAAUGAGGUCAUUGCUGUAGGAGGCAGGGGGCUGGCGGCUAAUUCCAGCUGUAAUUAACAUUAGUGGGUCAGCAAGAGGGUAGAGGAUAAAGACAAAGGUUACGCUAACCACAUCUGAUCCAAGUGUGUCCACUAUGCAGUAGAUCAAUGGGUUUGCUCGUUGUCUGUGGGUGUGUGUGUGUGUGUCUUUUAUUUGUGCGUUCACGUGCUUCCCUCUGCCAGGGUGUAAAACUGCAGUGAUAACUAAUCAUGUUUGCGUGUAGACGCUGCCGAGGUCUUGCGAUGUGUUGGCUGGCUCCCUUGAGGAAAUGGACGUGUGUGCACUCAUGUGUGUCAUUUGCUAUUAGGGUCACCGCUCUAUUUGACACAACAGCUCUACUCUGACGGAGCUGACCCACGCGUAUGGACUCACUGUGAUGUCCAGACACAAAAGGCACACACACACACACACACUUGUCCAUUCUGUUGGAGACCUUGGAGAUGAUUUUCAUUCACUCAAGAUGAAUGAGACGUCUACUGGCAGAAAGCAGAUGGUAUGAACCAUGAGUCCAAUAAAUCGGCAUCAUUAGGAAUGAUCUCCACGGCAACUCGCACCACCGCCACUGUCAGCCCCCUCAGCCCACUAACCAAUGGGAACGCGGUCGCCCAAUCUGCAAACUCUGGAUUCGCUGCUGCCCUGCGCAAACUGGCCAAACAGGCCGAAGAUCCCAGAGGUUCUGCCGUCAGCGGUGAGUCGUCUCCCGUCUCGUCCCCGGCCACCAGCCACAGCUCGCCGGUAACCACCCCGAAGCGGGGCUCGCUAGGGCCCCACCUGGGCCAGACCAGGGGCCACGGUGUAUCCGGCACCGCCCCGGUGGUCACCAUUGCCCCCACCAAGACCAGCAACGGCCUGUGGAGGGCCGACGGCAGACAGGUUGAUCUGAGUGUUCAGGGACUCGGUAGAGAGCGGUUGGGGGCCGAGAACACCCAGACACAACACGAUAAGAGGACUCCUCCGACCCCCUCUCGUCACCCCCUGGCUCACCCCUUCGGCCUCACCCCUAGCUCAGUCAUGCAGGACCCCAGAAUGCAGAGCCUCAGUUUGCCCGGGCAGAUGCACCCCGCGGUUCCCUCGAGCGCCAUCCAGGAGGAGUACCUGAGAGCGCUGCGGCCGUUUGGCACGUCGGAUGACCUCCGGCUGACCUCUCUACCCAUGAGUUUGGAGCAAGCUGCCGCGGCCCACGCCGCAGCCGCCGCUGCUUACUAUCAUCCUGCCUACAUGCACCACCCGCUGUCCUUACCAAGGAUGGAGGAGACCAUGUGUCUCUCCGCGCUACGCUCGCAGUUCUACUCUGUACCUGGAGGAGGCGCCUUCUCUCCUCUCCACCACUCUGCCCUCCACUUGCACAUGCCUGGAGGCCGCUACCCCGGAGAACUGAACCACACGGCGGCGCUGGCUGAAAGGCUGCAGAUGGAGAAUGAUCUCCGCCAGCGAGAGAGAGAGCAAGAGCGCGAACGAGAGAAAGAAAGGGAGCGCGAGGCCGGGCUGGAGCGGGAGAGGGAGAGGGAGAGAGAGAGGGAGGAGGAGCGGGAGAGAGAGCUGGACAGGCAGAAGGAGAGGCAGAGGGAGAGACAGCAGCAGAUGGUCAGAGCAGCCGAAAACCACUACCUGGCUGAGCUGCAGGCUCGGAGGGCACCACCGGAGGACAGGGCCAGGCCAGGGGAGAGGCUGACCCCGAACAGACUGGACAAAACCAAGGACUCUGAGCACCCGUGUUUCCCAGCACACAAACCUAUGUCCCUGCAGCCGGGCCUUCACCCCUCCAGGGGCUCCAUCCCACACCCUGUGCCCAGCCUGGUGCCUUCUCACUUGGGGAAGCAUCACGCUGCUGCUGCUGGGGGGAUCCAUGGAGCUCUGGCAGCUGCCAUGAUGACUCAGAGGGCUAGUGAGGCGGCGUGGUUGACACGGCAACGAGGACAAGGGAAUGAGAGGGACGCUCCGCUGGAGAUGGGCCUCAGGUCACCUGGGAAACGGAUGGAGCUGAAAAGAGACAGUCACAGAACCCAUUCAGUCCAUCAGAACUCAGGAAGCAAAGACGUACCUCCCUGCCUCGGUGCUCCACCUCCCCUUAUCUCCCCUAAAGGUCCCCAUCCUCCUGCCCCUUUGACCGCACUGUGGAACCCGGCCUCCUUCGUCGACACCCCCUCCGACUCCCGCAGAAAACUGAACCCUCCGACCCCGCCAAGCCGGCCGCCUCCAGGACUGACCAGAGCCGACAGGCCGACGGUAAACUGGGGGGAGAAGCAGGAAGACGGAGGCAGAAGGCGGACGGAGGUCACAGAGCGGUACACCUCAAUGAGGGGAGCUAGUUUACAAGAAGCAGGUUCCUGGAACCAGGCAGACCAGGACCGAGCCAUCCAGAGCCUCUAUCACCGCCAUCACAUCAACAACCUCCACAAGAGGCCCAUGGAGCCCCCAUCUGUUCCCCGCGCCGGUGCUGAACUGGUGGGGCGGUGUCGGGCCGCUUCUCCGCCUCCGGUAAGGGAGCGACAGGGUAAGCUGCCCAGCAGCGUACUGGUGUAUGACGAGGUUCUCCAGCAGCACCGCCAGCUGCUCAGCAAACUGGACCUGGAGGAGAAGAAGAGGAGGGAGGCCCGAGAGGGAGGUUAUUACUAUGAACUGGACGAGUCGUACGAUGAGAGCGACGAGGAGGAGGUAAAAGCUCAUUUGAGGAGAGUGACGGAACAGCCCCCGCUCAAACUCGACACGUCCUCCGAGAAAGUGGAUUUCCUGCGCGCGUGCGGUCUGACCACGCUGGCCCAUCGCGACGAGCUUCUGCAGAGGAAAAGGCGAAAGAGGAGGAGGAUGAUGCGAGAGCGCAGCCCCUCUCCUCCGGCCGCGCGGAGCAAGAGGAAGGCCCCGUCGCCUUCGGCACCUCCGGCUCCCUUAACUACGCCGUACUCUGCAGAGCAGAUGGACUGCACCCCUGAACUGCACAACAAAAAAGACUUCCUCCUUAUGUUCAACCUCUCCCACGUCAGCCCACAGCAGAAGAGAGAUAAGGAAAGGACUGAGGGGCUGCUGAAGGCCAUUCAAAGGAAGACUGUGACAUUAGACACACUCAGAUAUAACCCUUUACCUCCGUGUAGCAGUCCUCCUGCUAACUUAACUGGUGAUGACAACUCCACAUCGGCCUCUUUGCUGAGUCAAUCAAAUGGACACCAGUACCCAGACUCCCCCAGCCCCUCCCCUCCCUACUUACACAAACCCAGACAGCUCGCCCAUAAUGACACAUUCAAACCCUCCGUGAACACCCACACGUCCCGCAAUCCGCCACCUUUGAACCCCCACCCUGAAAAGGCCGAAUUCACGGAGGCUCAGCCAAACAGGAAGCUCCAGGGCCUCCAGAACGCCGUUGCUUCCCCACACAAAAAAGAAUCCAAUCCGGUGCAGAAUGGACGGAAUUGGCCCUGGGAGAGGUUUGCACCGGAGGCUUUUGCUCAGCACUUCCACCAGGCCGUGCUGCAGUCCACACAUAGCACACUGCAGAACAAAGGAGUCUCGAGCUGUGGCCCAGAGGACGGCGCGAUGCCUCACAGCGUCUCUCAACUAAAAAACUCAUCCACUCCGUAUCCUCUUAUCCACGCGCUUCAGCACGGACAGAUCAACGGCUAUCACUUCCACCCCCUUGCAGCCGGCAGGGACACUCCAGGACCACGCGAAGACCUGUCUGAUGAGGACGAGGAAGAGUCUGGUCAGGAGGAGGAAAGCGAUGAGGUGGAGAUGGAAGAAGCUCCGAGGAAGUGGCAGGGUAUUGAAGCUAUCUUUGAGGCCUACCACGAGUAUGUGGAUGAAUGGAGUGUAGAGAGGCAUGUUCUUCACAGUCAGUGUAAAAGACUUGAAGCACAGAAUUACAAUCUGACCAGAACCGCCGAGCAGCUCACUCUCACUAUGGGCGACCUGGUGAGUCAGAGGCAGAAGGUGAGAGAGGAGAGGGACAGACUUCAGGCCCAGCUUGAGCACUUCAGGAGGUGUUUGACACUACCGAACAUCCAAUGGGGCAGGGGGCAAGUCAACGGGCACAUGCCGAGGUGACCUCUGAAACCAACUCCCAGGCGGAUACACCUCUGACACCAACAAACCAGUAACAAGACAAACUGGAGCCAGAUCCCUCUGCACUCGGAGAGCUUGAGGGAGCCAACCCUCGUCUCGUGUGGCCAAUCGGUUAUGUUUCCCGUCUGGUUCCAGAUUCAACUGAUCACCUGCCAAGUUUGCCACGGUAUCCGUAAACCAUGGUGACCGCGUGCGUCCCUGUCUCUCUCUCGUUCUGCCGAUGGAUUGUUAUUAUUGGUCGAUAACACCUUCUUCCUCCGUUACCCUUACCUGUCCCACGAGUCCCCAGCUUUAAGGAUAUUUUUGCAUAAACUGUAGGGAUUCACACUAAUGAGAUGCGUCUCUUGGCACACAUCUGUAGCCUCUCUGGACAGCAAUAAAGAAGAGAGUAAGUGUGCAGGAGUCACUUGCUCUGACUCAAAGAAGGAAGAAUGAGUCAAGGAAUCAACGCACACCUCAGGCCUUAAACUCGCUAGGAUGCACUUGAAGUGGAAUUGGAGGAAACACUUGACCGUCCUCUGUGUGGUACAACAUUGUAGUGUCUAUUUAGCACUGAAUCUGACAGUUGAAGCAGUUUGUGUGCGUGUGAAGCUUCCGCAGCGGAUAGAACAUCUAAAAGAUAUUAUCUAUUUAAUGGUAAAAUGGUAUCAAUGAAGUUUUUUGAGGUUUAAUAAAAUUUCCAUUGGUAAUGUCACUUGUGAUAUACAAAGAAUUUUGUAUGUUUUAAUGUUUGAACCAUCUCUUGUGCAAAGCCAUAUGUUACGUUUGAACUGCUGCUGGUCAGAAUAAAAAAAUGUUUUGAAAAUGAAGGAUGUUAGGACAGUUGUUUUCAGAAAUGUGACCAAGAUGCACAGGGGAUAGUAGACAACAUGAAAAAGGUUUUGUCUGUCAUUAUCAUGACGAUUGCUCAGAUGGUCUAUCCUCGGUCUCCACACGCCUAUAAAUGUUGAUAAAACUUGAAGAGAAUAAAAGUUGUGAUAUUUUUAAGCACAUCACAAAAUUCUUAGUUAUUGACAUCACACGAGCGAAACAACAGUACUUUUAGACACAUUGUCCGACCGCAUCAUUGUUUACACCAUUCUAAAGGGUAUUUCUUCUUAAAUUAUUAUGGAAAAACUGAUCAGAUUUUGUGAAGGAAACAGAAAAACCCUGAUUAUUAUUCAAUUAAAUUUCAGGACUGUCAAAACUAAUAUACAAUAUAUUUUGAAUAUGAAAAUAAUUUAGAAUUGUUCGUGUGUGACAUCUGAAUGGCUCUAUCUCUCUAUAGAUGACAAAAAUAAACCUAUUUUUCUCUUUUGAUGAGAUCCAUUUGUUCAAGCCUGAUACAACAAAUUCAAAACGUCCUCUGAAUGCUGAAGUCCCAGGAGCGCGUUCCUACAAGCACAAACGAGUAGCUAUGUCAUCAAAUCAUCUGACUUUCCUGCGUCACUUGUCCACCUCCUUAAACUUGCUGUGAAAUCCUGCGUUUUAUUUUGAAUCAGUUUUCAUGUAAUGUAUUAUUUGGACUGUAAAAUUGUGAUGAAUUAUUUAUUAACAUAUAUUGCUGUACAUUCUGAUGGAAAUUUACAUUAAAAUAUUUGUAAAAUGUC